AUGGUCAAGCACUUUGGUUGGACCUGGGUGGGAGCAAUAAGAAGAGAUGAUGACUAUGGUAACACUGGGAUGGCUGCAUUUACUAAAGUUGCAGAACAGUUGGGCAUAUGCUUAGAAUAUUCCCUUCCAUUUUUUAGAACCUACUCACAAGAAAGAGUGAUGAGAAUCGUAGAGCAAAUCAAAAGCUCCACUUCUCGUGUUAUAGUGGGAUUUCUUGCUCACUGGGAUUGGGAGAUUUUGGUACAUGUAUUUACUGAACACAACAUCACUGGAUACCAGUGGGUGGGAACUGAGGGGUGGAUUGCUGAUCCAGUAGUGGCCACACUGGAUAAGCAAAAUAUACUGCAAGGAGCCAUAGGACUUGCUAUUUCCAAAACAACAGUAACUGGUCUAGAGGAUUUCAUUCUAGAUAUAAAACCUCUGAAAUCUGUAGGCAGUGCCAUUUUUACUAAAUUUUGGGAAGCUCUGUUUAAUUGUAAAUAUACAAUGCAGAAUGAUUCGGGGGGCUUACCAGUGUGCACAGGAGAUGAAAAGCUGGCUGAAGUGGAAAACACCUUCACUGAUAUGUCCAUGUUGCCCAUUAUCAGUAAUGUGUAUAAAGCAGUUUAUGCAAUUGGCCAUACCCUACAUGACCUUCUUGACUGCAAACAAACUUGUCCUACAAAGAAGCAAGCUGAUCCUCUCACCGUGAGUUUGAAGUGGUGCUAA